UGCUCCUAUCCUAUCCUCCUACAUUCUGACUUCAAAAGGUACAAACAUACUUGUUGGGACCAGACUUGUGGCUAACGCCACUGAAUAACCCACCAAAACGUGCCGAAAAGGUGAGGAACGGUGCACUCCAAGGGCGUGUGUCAUUCUGCGCAGCUGAAAGUUGAUAUUUCGUUUAGCACCUAACAUGGAUGGGUCACGCCGGAGCGCGCUGGCUGACCUGGUUUGCCUAGCAGCUCUGCUGGCUCUCGCUGUUAUCGGUCAGGUGUCCGCCGAUGACCCGAACUACAUGAUCGGUCGGGGAAUGUACGACAUGACUGGACCAGCAGGAGAAAUCAAUUUCAUGGGCUAUGCAAACCCAGCGCAGACCGGACGCGGCAUUCACCUGCGCCAGUUUGCACGAGCAUUCGUCCUGAUGGACCCGGCGACAAGCAAGCGCUUUGCCUUCGUAAACAUCGACGGCUGUAUGGCGUCGCAAGUGGUCACGUUGCAGGUACUGGAUCUGCUGCGUGUAGAGUUUGGCAGUGUGUACACGGAGGACAACGUGUGCAUAACCGGCACUCACACACACUCCACGCCGGGCGGCUUCUUCCAGUACGUCCUCUUCGACAUCACCAGCGUCGGCUCUGUAAACCAGACAAUUCAGGCAUACGCUAAUGGUAUUGUACGCGCAAUCAAGAUGGCGCAUACUAACAUGCAACCUGGGUAUGUGUUAAUCAACAGUGGUGACUUGCUGAAUGCCAGUAUUAACCGCAGUCCAACAGCAUACCUCUGGAAUCCGGCUGAGGAGAGAGCACAGUAUGAGCAUGACACGGAUAAGCUCAUGACCGUCCUGAAACUGGUGGAUGCAAAGAUGACAGGGAUUGGAAUGAUCAGCUGGUUUGCUGUGCACUGCACCAGUAUGAACAACACCAACAGACUCAUCAGUAGCGACAACAAAGGCUAUGCUGCGCUCCUCUUUGAGGAAACCAUGAACCCAGGACAUUUCCCAGGACAGGGUGACUUUGUGGCAGCCUUUGCCCAGGGUAAUGAAGGCGAUGUUUCGCCCAACACCAAGGGAGCUCGCUGCAUCGAUACAGGUCUGCGAUGCGAACAGAACCGGAGCACGUGUGAUGGCAAAAACGAGAAGUGUAUUGCAUUCGGUCCCGGCAAGGACAUGAUGGACAGCACCCGCAUCAUUGCCACACUGCAAUACGAGAAAGCCAAGGAACUGUAUGACGGCGCCAAAACAGUACUGACAGGCCCCAUUGACUAUCGUCAUAGUUACGUGCAGAUCAGCAACCAGACGGUGGACUUCAAUGGCACAAUGGCACACACCUGUAAGCCAGCCAUGGGUUACAGCUUUGCUGCGGGCACCACCGAUGGGCCAGGCGCCUUCAACUUCAAGCAAGGAACCGUUGAUGGUAAUCCGUUCUGGAACGCCAUCUCACACCUGCUGGCCGACCCGACACCAGAGCAAGUUGCCUGCCAUCAUCCCAAACCCAUCCUGCUCGACACCGGCGAGAUGAAUGUCCCGUUUCCAUGGCAGCCACACGUCGUCGACAUCCAGCUGCUGCGACUAGGUCAGCUGUUGAUCGCCGCUGUUCCGGGAGAGUUCACCACCAUGUCUGGUCGGCGAUUGCGCAAUGCCCUCAAGAAGCUGGUAGUGUCGAUGGGAUGGUCUGAGGACACGACGGUGGUGAUUGCCGGACUCUCCGGUACAUACUCAGACUACAUCACCACGUAUGAGGAGUAUCAGGAUCAACGGUACGAGGCUGCUUCCACCACGUACGGACCUCACACUCUAGCAGCGUAUAUCCAGAACUACGAGCGUCUAGCCACAGAUAUGAUCAAGGGCGCACCGUCAGCUACUGAAGCACAGCCAGCCAUCAACAGGCAUGCCCUGGACCUGUACAACUACCCACUGCCCGUCAUAUGGGAUUCGGCACCCAUAGGCAGCUGCGUUGGCUGUGUCAGCGAAGACGCCAAAGCAACUUACACAGCCGGUGAAGUUGUGCAAGUUCAGUUCCACGCCGGCAAUCCUCGCAACAAUCUACUGACUGAUCAGACAUUCCUGACUGUUGAGCAGCAGGUCAGCGACGACAAGUGGACGGUGGUACUGCGAGACUCCGACUGGCAUACGGAAUUUCACUGGGACAAAGACAGCAUUAUUUCAACGCACAGCAUUGCAACAAUAAUCUGGCGCACCCUGCCCAGCACAGAGGCUGGCACGUACCGCAUCCAGCACCACGGCUACUAUCAUCCACUGGCGGAGAGCCCCAAGCCCUAUAGUGGUACAUCACGCACAUUCACCAUCACUGCUUAGUGGCGAUGAGCCAUCAGCUAGGACUUGUGACAACAGUCUAGGGUAUUUGAAAUGAUCUCUGACAUGCAUGCAUAUAACGCAACACACACACGCGCGCACACGCACGCACACACACACACACACACACACACACACACACAUAAGGAGGUGAAAUCGGAAGGCAAUGCCGACAAUGCUAACAUGACAUUGGCUCCCUGAUUUUCAAGCUGUCUCUGCUUAUAGGCCCAUCUUAGCAUGUGUAGUGCAUAGUAAUACAGUGGUCCCUCUAUAAUCCGGCACCAUUUGUGCCACGAAAAUCUGCUGGAUUAGGGAGGGUGCUGGAUUAACAAAUCUGAUUUACUGCUGCAAUGUGCAUGAAGAGGACAUUUUGGCUACUGAAAAUUGUGCUGGUUUAUCGAGGGUGCUGGAUUAUAAAGUGCCGGAUUAGAGAGGGACGACUGUAAUAGUGAUCUGACACCAUGGUUGCAGUGAUACUGCACAGCAGUGACAUCACUCAGCAUAAUGACCUCAUAAUUCAGGACAAUGACCUCAUCGUUAUCAUUACCUUGACACUUCUAUUCAAUUAUUUUGGUGUUGGUGGCAAAUAUACUUUCAUGCUUCUUACUUUUCUUCCUCGUGCACCACUUCUCAGCCACAGAUGUUGCCGUUGAA